AUAUUUCAUUUCCAAAACGCAUAUAUCUCAAUACCCCACUUACCAAUCCACAAAAGACAUAGCCAGCCCGCCAGCUAGUCUUAAACUUCAACCCAGAACCCAUCCAUCUAAUCACCAAAAGCCAUGCAGCAUCUCCAUCCCCAAUCCCGCAGACAUCAAACCUAAACUCCAAGACCUGAAAAUGAUAUUCCUGGCGCGAACAUUGUAGCAAUUAGUAUCUGAAGAGAAAAGCCAGCGUCGAUCUUCAUUCAUAACUGAAUGCUAUCCAUCCCAUCCGAUUCCUCCAUGCCCCCUCUCAUCCCGAGAUUUCCUCCGAAAGUGCCACUCCCACUCACCUCACCUUAUCUCCGGGCUCCGAUCUAUCUAUAAUCAUCAAUAUACUUCUAUCUAGUAUACUUACUUAUCGAUCACUGUAGGUACCUAAUCUCCUACCCAUCCAUCCAUCUAUCCAUCUACCCAUCCGGGUAGAUAUCUCAACACCAUAAACCUUCAGGAUAGUACUCACUCCUCGUAAGUAGAUAUGUAGGUAGGUAGAAUAUUUAGCCUCUUAUCCAAAUUUCCAGACUGUUCACAUUCACAUUCACAUUCUCAUUCUCCACUGAUUCUUUUUCUUUUCCACGUAAGUUAUAAAAAAAUCUACAACUCACCAUUUUGCAUGCAUGGAUUCUUGAGCUGGAAUAAAAUGACAGACCCAGACCAUGACACACACACAACAGAAACUCAGUCCAGUACGAUUAAAAACUAACAAUCAUCAAAGCGAAAUCUCCCAUGGAGAUUUUCCUUCUUCCCAUGGGCUCUGAGCCUGAGAUGGAGAACUACUGAGCCAUGCACUCAUCCCCAUAGUAUAGUGUCGUGCAUACAACGCAUGAAUAUGAAUGACAGGGAGCCCUUGUUGAUGCACCGACAUUUGUUUCCUGGUUAUUUGAUGGGAAUGGGGAACGGAGAGGUCUUUGUAAAGCUUAUUUCUGUCUAUUGCGAAAGAGAUAGUUCGAUGGCGCUCCACUCUACCGUCAUGUUAUUGCAAAUCCAAUGAGUAAGUACAUCGCACGCCAUGGAAACCGAGAGCCGAGACUAAGACUCUCAUCCCCAUCUAAUAAUACCACGACACCAACAGAGAAUUUGGGUAUAAGACAACCAUAUUCUGCGUAAGCUUAAAUAUUGGGCUCGGAGAGUACUACUCUGAAGAAUAUUGAUAAAUCCUACCAGUCCAAUCUCCACGGAUCCAGAUAUGAAUUCAAAGAAGACAAUAAUCACAUCUUUCACCCGCCCAUAUUCACACGACGAUCAAACCCCCAUCAACCACCUCCCGGAGGCCCCGACGCGUCCCGGAAGAAAGAUCCCGCUGCGGCUGGUGCUUUAUCGAUUAUCGAUCCUGCAUGCAUGCAAUAUGAAUCACUUCCCCGCCGCCCCUUUUGUCAUGCUUCCCAAUCCCAGCCUAUCAAAGCUCUGAUCGUCAUAAUAUGCAAGUCACAAAAUUUGUGUCGAGAACGAUUCUUCAAAAACAGGGCAUUGCACAAAUAUGUCUGCGUGCGGCCUAUGGCAGGAGAAAAGGCUAGCGAAUUAGGCCAGACGGAAAGGCUUCUAGACCUAUAUGUGAGGAUCUUAUAACCGUGCACUAAUAGAGUAUGAUUUUCGUUGUAGAUCAUGAUGAAUCAUGGAUAUUCUUUGCAAACUACUGGAUUGCGUUUUCGAGCUCAAAUUAAGUGAUGUGACAUUAUUUGCUGUAUGAUGCGCUGGGAAGAUAUCUGACGUGAUUGGAGUCUUGAGAACUAUAAUUCUGCAAGAUACUUUUCACUUGAAAGAGUUACGUAAAUGAUGUAUGAGUGCGGGCGGGAACAAGACUUUUGCUUAAUGUGCAGUGCAAAAAGUUAAGCGGCGGAAGGAUCCGCGCGGAAGAGUAGGGCAUGGAAAAAAGGAAUGACUCGUAGAUGAUGCAGGAGAGUGGAGAUAUCAAUCGCAGUGCACCAUGUGCAACAAAAACAAGGAUAACAUGAAUUCCGCCUCACCAAUUAUGUUUCCUCCGCAAACAAAAGAAAGAUAACUAAGACUCCAAGAACCAGACUCGUCGUUUCGAGUUGGAGUUGACAGCUGGGAGGACCCCAACAUUACGCUUAGUACAAGACGGCGUCUGUCAAACAAAAAUGGGCGCCGCUUGAGAAGAGAUGAACGCAAGUGUGAAAUGGUAUAUAAGUGAGCGUACGUGCGUUCGUAUGUGCGCAACAUGAUUGGUGAUAGCAACAUUACGCACUGAUAUCCCAUACCCAUAGGGAUACUAAUUAAAUUUUGGAGAAAGAUGGUGAAACGAGAAUCCGCUCACGAGGAAUUGAAAUGCGAUAUCAUUACAUGUGCAAAGAAUGAAACAUAGAAGAUAGUAUGAUAUCAAUUCGCACAAUGACUCAGGUUCCCGAUGAUAGCGGAAUAAGAAGAUGGAGAUCUAGGAACUGAGAUUGUUUCGGAUGGGUUUUAGAUUAUGAUGAUCUCUCUACAAAGAUCAUCGUAAGAUAUACCCUUUCCUUUCUCCAAACAGGAACUUUAACCCAAUGCCGUUCCGGCAGUUCUUUCGAGUUGUGGAGUUGUGGCUCAUGAGUCAAUUUUGUGGCGGUAACAAUGGAGAAGUACUAGAUCGAAAUCGCUAGGAGAGAAUGGAAGUAAUUCGGGAUCAUCAGAACUGCGUGCCGUGUUUUUCUUGGGAGUUGUGUUAGGAAGUCAGUGUUCGAAGAUGUGUGUGGUGUCUUUUCCUUGAAGACUAGGAGAUUUUAUCUUAGGAAGACCCCUACUGCGUAGGUAGUGUUGACGAUGAUUCAUAGGAAUCAUAGACGAAAGGCUAGACAACAGAAUAGCCACAUGCUAACCUUCAAUCCGAAAAAA